CUAAUCUCUCACGACCCAUCACCGCGAGCCGACGCCGCCCACGCCGACCUAGUCCCCGCCCUCACUCCCCCACCCACCUCCGAGCAUAUCACCAUGUCCCACGGCGACCACACCCGCGACCCAUGCCCUUGGGUCAUCCUCAACGACUUCGGCGGCGCGUUCUCGAUGGGCGCCAUUGGUGGUGGUAUUUGGCACGGUAUCAAGGGAGCGAGGAAUAGCCCCAAGGGCGAGCGUCUUGCCGGAUCCCUCUCGGCCAUCAAGGCGCGUGCUCCCGUCCUCGGCGGAAACUUCGGCAUCUGGGGUGGUCUCUUCGCGUCGUUUGACUGUGCCGUCAAGGGGUACCGCCAGAAGGAGGACCCCUGGAACGCCAUCAUUGCUGGUUUCUGCGUCGGUGGUACCCUUGCCUUCCGCGGUGGGCCAAAGGCCGCCCUCGGCGGUGCCAUCGGUUGUGGUAUCCUUCUCGGCGUAUUCGAGGGCGUUGGUGUCCUCAUGUCGCGUGCAUUCGCCCAGCCCGUUCCUGCCAUGCAAUUGCCAGAGCCGGCUGCCCAGCCCGCCCUUGCGUAAGCCUAGACCGUUUGUACAUGUACACUGGAUUCCCCAAGGCUUCGGCCACCACAUACACCUCUCUGCAUGAUGCAUACGUCGUGAUUG